GCCCGGCCUGGGGCCGGAGCCUAUGUAUUUGCGGUGUGUGGAGUCGAGGUCGCUUGGGAGUUUGUUCUUUUCUUCUCCCUUGCUGUCGUCGCGCUGGUGGCAGUCGUAGCAGGUGGUGCUACGUGGUGGGUGCUCCUUCUCCUCGCUGGCGGCUCAGGAGAAGGGUUCGGCGGGGGCCGGUACCCGGCGCGGCGGGUAACGGGCGUUCUGCGGCCGUUGGCGAGGUUCCGGCUGGUCGGCGGGGACGAGGAAGAGCUAGGGUAGCAGCUCGGCCGUGCCCCGCGGCUGGGAGGCCCAGCGUUUCGUGGAUCUCUGUGAAGCGCCCGGCGGCGGAUGCUCGGAGAGGAGAUGCCGACGUAACACUCAUUGCCAGGAACUGUACUAAAUGCUUCACUGCUGAACCAGUUGCUCAGGUGCCCUGCUUGUCUUUGUUGCUAUGGGAGAUUGGAAGACUAUUACUGUGCCAGUGCUGUCAUCAGAUAGCAAAAAUAUUUUUCAGUAUACCUCAGAAAAAAAGCUAUCUCCUCCAGGCAUGAAUUCACAAGUGCUACGCCUGCCACUGCCUUCAUCUAAAAGCACGCACAACUUUUUCAGUGCCUUCUGCACAGAAGAGAAUAUUGAACAGAGUAUAUCUUAUCUCAAUAGGGAAUUGACAACAUUGGGUUUUCCCUCUAUUUACACAGAGUCCAAAGGAAAAGAAUUAAAUUUAAUAUCUAUCAUAAAUUGCAUGAAUGAAUUGCUUGUACUGCAGCACAAGAAUCUGCGAGCUCAGGAAGAAGUAGAAAUGCAGCAUCUGAAACUGGGUAGUGAUAUGGAUCACUUACAGAACUGCUAUACUAAGCUAAAGGAACAGUUGGAGUUAUCUAAAAGAGAAAUAGUUGGACUUCAGGAAAGAGACAGACAACUGCAAAGCAAGAACAGAAAUUUGCACCAGUUACUUAAAAGUGAAAAGGAUGAAGUACAGAAGUUACAAAACAUAAUUUCAAGUAGAGCUACACAGUACAAUCAUGAUAUGAAGAGGAAAGAGAGAGAAUACAACAAAUUAAAGGAACGCUUGCAACAAUUAGUCAUGAACAAAAAGGACAAAAAGAUAGCUAUGGAAGUUCUAAAUUAUGUUGGUAGAGCUGAUGGGAAGAGAGGUGCAUGGAGGACUGAUAAGACAGAAGCCAGAAAUGAAGAAGAAAUGUACAAAGUUUUGUUAAGUGAUUAUGAACAACGCCAAAAACAGCUUUUAUUGGAAAAUGCUGAGCUGAAAAAAGUUCUGCAGCAAAUGAAGAGAGAGAUUAUUUCACUACUCCCACCACAGAAGCAGAAACCUAAAGAAAGGUCUGAAGAUGGACCAGUGCUGUCAGACCUGGAAGAAGAUAUUGGAGAGUUAAAUAAAGAGAAUAUGUGGGAACUGUCUUGUGAAACUGUGCGAGAGCAGCUUACCAACAGCAUUAGAAAACAAUGGAGGAUGUUGAAAAAUCAUGUUGAGAAGCUAGAUAACCAAGUGUCGCGUGUACACUCAGGAGCUUUGAAUGUAAAAGAUGUCAUUUCAAGGGAAGACCAUGAGCUGGAAACUGAAAAGCUGGAGUUAGAGAUUCAGCAGUGUAAAGAAAUGAUCAAAACUCAGCAACAGCUCUUACAGCAGCAGCUUAUGUCUCCAUGUGACGAUGACACCACUCUGUUACUACAGGACUGCUAUUUGUUGGAAGAAAGAGAGCGUCUCCAGGAGGAAUGGAGACUAUUUCGGGAACAGAAGAAGAACUUUGAGAAAGAACGAAGAAGUUUUACAGAAGCUGCUAUUAGAUUAGGACUUGAGAGAAAAGCAUUUGAGGAAGAUAGAGGAGCAUGGCUGAAGCAACAGUUCUUAAGCAUGUCAACUGAUUACAAGCACUCUGAAAAUGUGACAACUUCAAGUGCCUUCUCAGGAAGUUCUGACCAGGACAAUCGGUUAAUGAAACCUGCAACUCAGCAAAGAAAAGCUCACUGUAUGUCAAAUGGUCCUGUUUCAGCAGAACCUUGCCAGACAUCUCCAUAUAUUACAUAUAGCAGUUCCAGUGCUGCACCAAAAAAUCCUGCUGGAGAUAAGCCAAAUCAGUGUGUGGAAAGUGACAAAGAAGAAACCAAGUAAUGCACAAAGUUACGGGAAGACUCUGGAGUUGGCACUCUGCUAUGUAGAAACUUGCACAUAGAACAACUGCCUUAGACUUCCUAGUGUUGCCUGCUGGGGUUUUUGUUAGAGAUUUGUUCAUUAAACUUACUCUAAAGUGAAACAGAAUGCUGUGAGUUUGACUGUUCUUCUAGAGGAUUAUGUGGUGAUCUGAGUUGUGGUGUGUGUAUGUGUGUGCAUAUGGCUUUU